GUCAUGCAGUGUCUGCCGUUCGAUUAGCGGUUUAAAUUCUCAGUAGGAGUAUGAUUUCGCGGUGUCUCGUGUAAAUGACGGAUCAUUAGUUGUCAAAUUAGAGGAGGUAAAUGGUAAACAAAAAAAAUGUUGUUGUGUCUCGCAGAAAGUUUUGUGCAAUAAUCAAAGUGUAAACGCGCUGGUGAUACGAUAUCGGAUUAAGCGUUGUUUUAAUGACGUUAUUUGCAACAGUUGUCCUCGGACGUGUAGUGAAUUUGUGCAAAGAUUUGUGGGAAUUAAAUGCCAAACGGAGAAUUAUUGCUUGUCGACAGCAGCAACAACAAUGUCUAGGCGGAAGCAGUCGAACCCGAAGCCUCUGCUGAAAAGUGACUGUCAAGAUCCGGUAGAAGAAAUUGCAACGGAAAGAGAUAGUUCGGAAACGGAUGACUCCAGAGAAGAUACAACUAAUAGUGACGCCUUAGAUGUCCACAUGGAAGAAAAAUUAGGUGAACCGUCCUUCAGUUCUACAUCGCCACCAUCAAAUGCAGAACGUAGCGAUGAAAAAGCAACACGAAACCAAUCACCGCCAAGCGAGCAAGUGAAGGAACCACAAGAGCCUAAACUCCCAAAAGUUAGACUGAAUGCUUCAUUAGCUUCCGAUCCGGCACUAAAACCCGAUGCGAAAGAUCUCAAAAUAAUCAAUAAUGAAUCCCUCAUUGAUGAGCUGACAAAGCAUGACAGUAAAAGUGAGGGUGUGAAAAGUCCCAAUGGUGUUGAUAUGCUGCAAAGGGUAAAAGUGUUCAUGUGUCAUCCGUGUGGUAUUGGCUUUUCAUCUCUCUCCACAUUAGAAGCUCAUCAAACUUACUAUUGCUCCCAUAGUUUUAGGAAAGACAAUGAAGAAGAUACACAUAUGGCGAAUAUUAUUGUUCCAGAAUCAGUUGCUAGUGGCGAGCCAUCCGCGAAAUCGGUAAAGACCGGAAAACAAUAUGCAUGUGCCCAAUGUUCUUAUAGUGCCGAUAAAAAAGUUUCGUUGAAUCGCCAUAUGCGAAUGCAUCAAACUUCACCCGUUUCUACUUCGAAUAUGUCCAAUGGGGAUGAUAAUUCUAGUCAACAAACAGAUCGAUAUUGCUCAGAAUGUGAUAUUCGUUUUUCGAACGUAAAAACUUACCGUGCACACAAACAGCACUAUUGCCACUCACGUAGAAUGGACAAUUUACCCGCAACGACAGACGCUACACAAAAGCCCGAGUCAACAAGCCCCCCUGCUCGUGCAACCACACCAUUGUCUUCGUUGCAACCAUUUUUGGCUUUACCUACGAAUCCUAUUUUAAUUAUACCAUAUUCACUGUUACGGAUGGCCAGUUUUUUACCAGGUCCCAUGGCUUCGCUCACUGGUGGAGUGGAGAACUCUGAUUCUACUUGUUUUACAUAUGAGAAUGGGACGAUGCGUCCUCUGGCAGUGGCAAUCUCCAAUCCAAAUACAGCACUAUCAACAGCAAGCUCUGAACCUUCAAAUUUAGCAGAAUCCGCAAUUGUUAGCAACAACGGUCCGUCACCAUCAGUGCUCACGGAGAAAAACCUCAAAGCAAUAAAUCCAGCGAUAUUCAAAGCAUGCACAGAGGAUUCUAUCAACAGAGAAUCAGCGCCCCUUGAUUUAUCCUUCCGGAAAUCGCCAUUUGAACGUCCAGCAGACGGGAAAGAAAAUCUCUCAGACAAAAGCGAUAAAAUGACACCUGAGCACAUCGUAUGUGCCCCCUCAUUACCAAGUAGCCCUUCCCUGACACCAUCUCCGUCAAAGAAACAAACAUUAAGUCCGAGCUCUUUAAAUUUACCACCCUCACCUAACACUGUGGUGUCUGGUAAAACGUCACCUCGAACAAUUAGUGCAGAUGUUGCAAUAAAAAUAGCUGAGUCAAGUAAAAACAUAGAGCUAGCAUUGAAGCUAACAUCAGCGUUGGGAAACAAAUCAGAGGAUGGUUCCCAUACGAUGAAUUCAGCGCUAAUCAAUUUACCUACCAAUUUGCCACUUAAUAUAGUUCCAAAUGUUACGAAUUUAUCCCCACAAAUCUACGUUAAGCAAGGCGUUUCUAAGUGUAAAGAAUGUAACAUAGUGUUCUGCAAAUACGAGAACUAUUUAGCUCAUAAACAACAUUAUUGUUCUGCGCGCAAUAAAGACGACAUUGAAGGCAAGAAUCAUUCAACCUCGAAUAUAGUUAGUCAGUCGGAUACAGUUCCUCCGCCGGUUGCGUAUCAACAACUAAUUUGUGCUGCUUGUGGUAUUAAAUAUACAUCCCUGGAUAAUUUACGUGCUCAUCAGUCGUACUACUGUCCCAAAGGAAGUGACUUGUCUGUGCAGGUCGCUACGGGCAAAGAUAAGUGCACAAAAUGCAAAGUUAUUCAUGAAAAUGGGCAGUGCACAUUCACUCAAGGUUCCUACAAAUGUCCUGUGUGUGAUGUUGUUAGUUUAAGCGCUAUUGAAAGCAGAAAACAUUUAGAAACUCAUGGAAGCGUAAAAGCAUUCCGGUGCUCGAUAUGUCGUUAUAAAGGAAAUACUUUACGUGGUAUGAGAACACACAUUCGAAUGCAUUUUGAUAAGAAAGCGCCCGAUUUCAAUGAAGAAAAUUACAUGUCCUGCAUCAUGGAAGAAGACGGAAUGGAAAUCAUUUCAACCGAAACGGUUAGUACUGAUCAACAUUUACAGCUGCAAAUUUUCAAUUGUGAUAAUUGCAACUAUUCAUCUUCAUAUAAAGGAAAUGUGAUGAGACACAUGAAACUAGUUCAUUCUCAACCAUCAAUGGCAAUCGCGUCACCCAUAUCGACAGAAAAGAAAGAAAGUUAUUCUCAGAACGGCGAUUCGGCCAGCACCAACUUGACCGAAGAAAGUCCUGUAUAUGGCGUAAAAAUUGAAGCUGUCGAUCCUAAACCCAACUCUGUACUUCAUGUAAGUGAUGAAAUUCCAAACAUAAAGUCGGAAGUGGAAGAGACUACCAGCUCUAGUGGCAGCAAGGAGAUCAACUCAUCCGUUGUCGUGUCUUCAACACCUCCAUUGCUUUCUGACGAUUGUCCGUUGAAGUACUGCCAAACGUGUGACAUAAAGUUCAAGUACAUGAACUCCUAUCUUGCUCAUAAACAAUUCUAUUGUAAGCGUACCAGGAAUGAGAACGACGACCUAAAUUCAGAGUCCAAUCAACCAUCAUGUGCAGUCAACAAGAACAAGGAAAAUAUAGAGACUGUGCUAUAAAUUGAAGACAGUUACAGAAGAGUUAAAGUGUAAUCACGUGAAAUUUAUUAGUACUGUAAUGAACAAUCAUAUCAAAAAAGGUGCUUUUCUCGUUUGAAAAAUAAUGCAUUGUGUAAGGUUUUUAGGAAGCGAAAUUGUGUAAUAAAAUUCAUAUUUAUUUGCAAUGAAAUUUUCCUCCAGAGUUCAACCAAAUUAAAUUCAUGCUGGCCAACUGUUUUGGUUGUUUCGAAACGAAAAAAAAUAACCGUUUUUGCAUAAUUCUAAUUUUAAAAGAAAUAUCUCAGUUUUUGCUCUCUACACUAUAUGUGACACCAUAAAUACAUAUAUCAUAUGAAUAUAUUUUCUAUUAUUGAUUUUCUUAUUAAGAAUGGAUACAGUAAUGCCAAAGCCAUGCUUUAUAAGUUUCAUUGUUUUUUUUACUUAAGGCGAAAUAGGAUAAAAUGUUUUAUUUAUAUGUUAACAUUUACUUUGAGAGUAACAAAUGGAUUUGACGAUGCAAGUUGCAUAUGUAUUGUAUAUGUAAAUAUUCGAAUUAGGCUAAGGUUUUUAUAAAAGUGCAAGUACACCGACUUCUCAAUCCAUGUAAUUAUAAAUAUAAUACUAAUAAUAAUACCGCUUGUAUGACAAUAAACUAUUUA